GGAAAAAAGAAAAGGCAAUUUCGGCCGUCGCUCGGCGCACCAGACCCAUUACUCGACAGCCGCAAAUUCUAUCCCAGGCGACGUCAACGAAUCAACUCGUUUGGUUUUUGACAUCGCAGACCAUUCUGUCUUUUACCUCGCCGAGCGCAAGCCAACGAUGACCCAGCACGCGCAACUCGCCACGCCAGUCCAGUCGAGCUCGGACCUUGGCGUCGCACCGCGCUCGGCCCUCGAGGUGUUCCAAUACUACUUUUCCGCGAGUCUCUACUGGAUCGGCGGCUGGUGCUUCCUUGCGGGCUCGAUUCUGUACUACCCGCGCUACUACACCCUCUACGACAUUGAAGGCCAUGGCGCGGUCAUUGGCGCGUGGCUCUUUGUCGUCGGGUGCUUCACGUUCCUCAUCGGCAGUUGCUGGGACGCGAUCUGCGCCAAGGCGUGCGAAGGCACCUCGAGCCUCCGGUUCUACCCGCUCGUCUGCUCGCUUUGGAACGUCGUCGGCUCGGUGCAGUUUGUUAUUGGCGGCUUUUACUUUGUCCCGGUGGUCUACGCGACCGCGCCGUCGGCCGGCUGCUUCCUCUUCAUCACGGGCUGCUCGUGCUUCUUGAUCGCGCUGGCGAUUGACCUUGCGCGCAUGUUCCAAGCCGGCUCGAUCCGCGGCCAAGCGUGGUGGUACAUUGCGGCUGUCUUCAACGUCCUCGGCAACAUUCUCUUUAUCGUUGGCAGCUACUACUUUCUGCCCGAAUUCCUCACGCCGACCGACGACUCGGAAGAAGCGCUGGCGAUUGCGACCGACAACUCGGUCUUUGCCAUCAACAACUUUGUCGUCGGGUCCAUUGCUUUUGUCCUCGCCCCCACGGCCCAGCUCCUCGCGCAAUACCUGGAGCCGGUCGCCGAGAGCAACGACAAGGUGAUUGUCUAAGCCCGCGGCAGCUCGUUGGUCGUGUCAUGUUAAUAUCGCGUUAGAAUAUAUAUAUACCUAUGGUACUAUGAAGCUAGA